UCUUCUUUUUUUUUUAUUAUUUUUUUUUGAUCUUUACUGCUUUUCAAUCAUUUAAACUACUCGAUGAACUCUGGUACUAUUCAACAAUUGUUCAACAAUUGUUUACAUAAUCUGCGUAUAAACAUUAGCCAACAAAUAGAAAAUGUUCGUCUUGAUCUGGAGGAAAGAAUAGAUAAUACAAGUAAUACUCUCAAUCGUCGAAUUAUGGCACUCGAUUUAGAGCAACGCCAAGAUGUCACUCGUCUCUACCGACAUAUCCGUCAAUUUCAACAAUGUAUCAUGGACCAUUUCAUAGAAGAAUCAACACGUAUUACUGGAAACUGGCCAAGAAUAAUAAGCAACAACAAUGAACCUCAAACAAGUGAUAGUAUCCAAAUGGCUCCUGAACUUCAUCCUCCUCAUCCUCCUCAUCCUCUUCAACAGGUCUUCCCAGAAGUACAAGACUUUCAUCCCGAAAGUCCUCAUCCUGAGAUAGACCUUUUUGGAGAAAAUGAACGUGAUAUCGAUUUUCCUGAAAGACUAGGCGGUAUCCAUCGAAUAAACAGCGCCUAUGUCACGAAUGAUGAUUUUCAACUUGUGUUUCAACAAUAUCUUGGAUUUAAUCUUGUUGAAUCAGUGGCCAUGACCAACAUUCUUAUGAUGUAUGCUCGAGAGGCAGUUAUCAUAAGGUUAUUCCAAUUACCUCAAAGACCCAAUCGAACGGCAUAUUGUUGGACUCAAUUCUCAUGUGAUGAUAGAAUUCGUACUUCAUUAGCUAUAGAAAGAAUGAUGGUUUCACGUGAAAACGUUCGAAUCGAUAGAGCUGUAAAACAUUGGAUGGCUUUUUGUAUGAUGAAAAGGGUAUUUCGUGCAUUCCAAGCGAGCCGUUUAACUUGA